GAGUGGAUCGCCAACAUGGCCAGAGUCAAUCCCCAAUCAAUGCCAAACUCCCCUUACGAGGGUGCUUGCUCAACUCCUGUUCCUGCUACACGUCGUGAUUGGCAUCUUCGACAUACCGUGUUCCAAACUUUCUUGCGAUUCGCCUUUGACGGCUACUUUACGACCCUCGUUGCUCUCACCUUGCAGGGCGCCCUGCUGCUCUCUUCCGCCUUCCUCCGCAUUAUCUUUCACCCCUCGUCUCAACCGCUCGAUACCCCCACCAUUGGCUGAUCCUUCAACCCUUUUCUCUGGCUCACCCCCCCCUCCUCCACCUCGCACGAACAAUCGCACGGUCAGGGACGGGCAGCAACUACACCAAGAUGACUUCAUACUUCUCGUCGCUGACCUCCUCGUCGGCCAUCUCCAACCUGGGCACCCGGCUCAACUCCCUGAAACGGGCCAUCACGUCGGGCGACGAGCGUGACGACCCGGAUAACGAGGACUGCUCGCACAUCUCGAACGUGCUGCGCGCCUACUACACCGAAAAGGGGCGAGCGUAUCCCUCGUGGCUGCCCCCGGACCCAAAAGCCCCCGCGCCGGUGCCGGCGCGGGUCAUCGCGACCUCCCAGAUCCCACUCGGCGCUGCCGGUGGUGGCGCCCCAGCGUCAUCAGCAUAUGGACGUGGCGGUAGCGCUGCUGCUGGUGGUGGUGGUGGUGGUGGACUAGGCGACCUGUGGGGAGAUGCGGGCUCGGCCACGCCUCCCAUCUCUCAAACAUCCAGUUUGCGCCGGGGUCGCAUGACUGCUGGGGGGAACAACAACAGCAUGGGGGCACCGCUCUCGGCGACGGCUAGUGCUCCGGGAGGCCCAAUCCACCACAACAGUCUGUCCCCGACCCCGUCGACCAUGCAGCCGCACCCUCACCACCCAGCCGCCGGCGGCGGCCGUCCCCUGCCCAGUCAGCGCGCCGGAUCCUACCAGACGAUCUCGGGCCCCGUGACCGGCGGCGGCGGCGCGACGCAGCAACCGCUGGAGCGCGCAGCGUCGGCCCAGGAACGACUCCGGGCACGCUUGCAUGGGGGCCGGUCGCCCAGUCCCGGCCAGAAUCCGAGUAGUCGGCCGGGUUCACCCUACGUGGCAGGGGGAGCGGAUCCUAGCGCACGAAAACCGGUAGGGAUGCCGGGUCGACGAUAAUGGCAAGGAACCAAUGAUGACCGUGCGAGCUAAAUCCUGAUGGGGAGGGAGUAAAAGGAAUAGCCCCGGAGUCAAGGAAAAAAACGCCACGACUAGAAGGGGGGGAGGGGCACCAAUACCCGACCUGUAGGGAAAAGAUGGAGACUUGCUGGUUUUAGUCUUCGUCUUUUUCACAGAGUCGGGUGGUGCC